AUGACAGGGAAGUUCGACUGGCCCUCCGUAUCCAUCGUUCUGUGUUCCUUAUUCGUGGUGUCCGCCGGAGCGAUCGAUUGCUUCAAGUGUGUCUCGCACAACGGGGAUAACCCGGCUUGUGAAGAUCCGUUUCAUCACAACUACACGACCGAACUAUUGCACCAGCCGUGUCUCGCUGGCCGGAAAAGUCGUGAGGGUCUCUUCCCAGCCACCGCUUGCGUCAAGAUAACGGGAACGUUCGAAGACUCCGGUGAAUCGAUGGUGGUACGGACCUGCGCUCUCGACUCCGGAACGUUGACAGUCGACACCGAGCUGGUUCGCAUGUCUCACUGCGGCAGUUUCUACUUCGACGAUCGCUACGUGCGAGGCUGCGUGGUCAGCUGUAUGACAGACGCUUGUAAUUCUACGUGGUCGCGGCGACCCUCGGCUCUUAUGCAAUUGAUCAUUGUCGCAAUAAUUUUGAUGUCUUGCUGA